GGCAUUGUCUGACAGAGACACGGUCUCUCCAGAUCUCGUAGGUUGCUGCUUGCCAUGAAAGGACGAUGAUAGCCUGCCUGAAGAGGCAUCAUCAGAGUGGUUAUCCGAGUUCUGCAAAUCUAUACAAUUACGAAAACUCCAAUUGGCCUCUGUUAAUCGAUUUUCUCAGGAAAGAUGCCUCCUCGUUGGGUCUCUCUUUCUUUUCUCGCCGACAGAUGCGCGACGAUGGAACAGCUAAAGCAUAUUCACGCCCAGAUGAUCGUCACCGCUCGAAUCCACGACUCCUUCGCCGCUAGUCGGCUCCUCUGCUUCUCUGCUUUGUCCGAACCAAGCGAUCUGGGCUACGCAACGCGAAUUUUCGAGAAUGUUCGAAAUCCCAACACUUUCAUGUGGAACACUCUCAUCAGGGCUCACGCUAACGGUAACAACCCAACCCGUGCUUUGCUUCUGUACGUGAAAAUGACAAGACUCGGCGUCUUUCCUAACUUCCACACCUACCCUUUUGUUCUUAAGGCUUGCUCUAAACUGAAAUGUCUCGAAUCAUCUCGACAAGCUCAUACUCAUGUUUUCAAGCACGGAUUUGAGCUGGACUCGCAUGUGGUUAACGGGUUGGUCAGGAGCUAUUCUGUAUCUGGUGAUUUGGAUAGUGCACGUUCGGUGUUCGACGUAAUUCCUCAUGCAGACUUAAACGUCUGGACUUCGAUGAUUUGUGGGUACGCACAGAACUCCCGUUUCAACGAUGUUUUGAUUCUCUUCGAUCGGAUGGUUAAGGAUAGACACGAGCCAAAUGGGGCCACUUUGGCGUCCGUUUUAUCCGCCUGUGCUCACUUGGGGAGCUUGGAAUUGGGGGUAAAUAUUCACGCUUUCAUGAAAGACAGAGGAAUUGAAGUUGGGGUGAUCCUAGGAACGGCGUUGGUUCAUAUGUAUGCUAUGAACGGAGAGAUAUCAGCGGCUAAGAACCUGUUUAAUAGCAUGAAACAGAGAAAUUUGGCUACUUGGAACUCGAUGAUCUGCGGUUUAGCCAGUCAUGGCCAUGCUCAAGAAGCUCUUUGCCUUUUCAGUGAGCUAGAAAGUGAAAAAAUUGAACCAAAUGAUGUAACAUUCGUGGGAGUGUUAUCUGCUUGUCGCCACGCUGGUCUAAUUGAGACUGGUCGCGAGAUGUUUGACUUGAUGAGGCUGAGAUAUGGAAUUGAGCCGAAAAUUGAGCAUUAUGGAUGCAUGGUAAUGCGGAAGCAAAACUUGUUGAACUUUUUAGACGGUUCGUAUAAAUGCAUGAUUUUUUUUUUUGUUGAGUUCCAACAGGUUGAUCUUUUGGGAAGAAGUGGGGAGAUUUUGGAAGCUGAAGAGCUAAUAAGGGAAAUGCCGAUUGAAGCGGAUGUGGUGAUAUUGGGGGCUCUGUUAUCAGCGUGUAAAAGCCAUGGGAAUGUUGAGGUGGCAGAACGAGUGGCAGAAAAGAUGAUGGGGUUGGAUCCAAACAAUCAUGGAGUUUAUGUGGUUAUGUCAAAUGUGUACGCAGAAGCUGAGCGGUGGAAAGAGAUGGAGAGACUGAGGAAGAGGAUGAAGAGUGAGAGUCUGGUCAAAGCGCCUGGGUGGAGUUUCCUUGGUUCAGACAAAUCUCGACUCCGAGAAGUUUGACCUUCCAAGUUCUCUUUAGUUUCAAGCGAAGACAGAAAUGUGGUUUCAGAGAAUUACCCUUUUGCUUCUCAUUCUGACCACUGCCACCGCAGCUUUUUUGCAGAACCCAGAUUUUGAAUCUCCUCCGUUGAACUUGCCGGAAAACUCAAACUCGAGUUCUUCAACGUUUGUGUUGUUGGGACAAAACAGCACAGUCCCUGGAUGGACAUAUCAAGGAACUGUCCAGUAUGUUACAGCGGGCAAAACACUUGAACUGCCUGAUGGUGGACACGCCAUUCAGCUUGGUUAAGAUGGCAAAAUCAAUUAGACUUUCAUUGCCAAGGGCGAUGACACGAACUACAUCCUCACCUUCACUCUCAUCCCGGGUGGUCAGAACUGUAAAGCAAUGCUGGCCGUAUUGUUUCUGGACCAGAUACUAGUGCGGUUUUUUCUUACAGACAAAACUACAGUAAGCAUCCGUGGCAAAGUUAUGGUCAUAACUUGGGUACCUGGGGGAACGAUGAACCUAUCAACCUUGUUCUUGAAAGCCAGACAACGGAUUCAGACACAAACUCCUCAUGCUGGCCGAUCAUUGAUACAAUGCUCAUCAAGACUGUUGGUGUAACCCUUGUUCCAGACAAUGGUAACCUAUUGCUCAACGGUGGAUUUGAAUCUGGACCGGGAUUCUUACCCAACUCAACCGAGGGAGUUUUACUUGACAGUGCACCAAGUGUAGUGCAAUUGGCAUUAAGGCAGUGGACUGUCAUGGGAACAGUCAGAUACAUAAACUUCCAUGUACCAGAGGGCAAAGCUGCAAUAGAGAUUCUAUCUGCAUCUGGCAUACAAACAGCAGCACGACAGCUAAGUGAAAGAUCAAGAUACAAUCUCACAUUUACCUUGGGAGAUGCCAAUGAUGGGUGCGAAGGAGAUUUUCUGGUGGGUGUUGAAGCAGGAUCAUCUGCUCAGAAUUUCACGGUUAAGAGCAAGGCGAUUGGGUUCAGCCUGGUGUUUGAAUCAACAGACGAACCCAGAACGCAGAUCAUUUUCACCAGCUACUCUGCCGCACACACAAAAGAUGGUGUUCUUUGUGGUCCAGUGGUAGAUGAAGUGAUCUUACAUCCACUUGGUGGUGGAUCGGCCUCUAUAAAACCUGCAUGGUUACUCGUUUUCGCUUUGUUUUGUAUAGCAAGCCUCUGAUUGAUAAGUAACAAAAAAAGGGUUUGCAAUGAGAUGAGAUAUGAAUGAAACCCAGUCUUCAUUCAAGUUAGCAUAUAUGACAAAAUACAAUACAACCAUUGUCUUA